AUGAACUCCAGCGGCCCGGGUUACCCGCUCGCCUCGCUCUACGCGGGCGACCUGCACCCCGACGUGACUGAGGCCAUGCUCUACGAGAAGUUCUCGCCCGCUGGCCCCAUCCUGUCCAUCCGCGUGUGCCGCGACGUGGCCACCCGCCGCUCGCUGGGCUACGCCUACAUCAACUUCCAGCAGCCGGCCGACGCGGAGCGGGCACUGGACACAAUGAACUUUGAGGUGAUCAAAGGCCAGCCCAUCCGCAUCAUGUGGUCCCAACGAGACCCAGGACUUCGCAAGUCAGGUGUCGGCAACAUCUUCAUCAAGAACCUGGAAGACUCCAUUGACAACAAGGCCUUGUAUGACACCUUCUCCACCUUUGGGAACAUCCUCUCUUGCAAGGUAGUGUGUGAUGAUCGUGGCUCCCGAGGCUUUGGCUUUGUGCAUUUUGAGACCCACGAGGCUGCACAGAACGCCAUCAGCACCAUGAACGGGAUGCUGCUGAAUGACCGCAAAGUCUUCGUUGGCCACUUCAAGCCCCGACGGGAGCGGGAUGCAGAGCUGGGAGCUCGGGCCAUGGAGUUCACCAAUAUCUACGUGAAGAACCUCCACGUGGACGUGGAUGAGCAGUGCCUGCAGGACCUCUUCUCCCAGUUUGGGAAGACACUGAGUGUCAAGGUGAUGAGGGAUGAUGGCGGCCACUCCCGCGGCUUUGGCUUUGUCAACUUUGAGACGCAUGAGGAAGCCCAGAAGGCUGUGAUGGACAUGAACGGGAGGGAGGUGAGUGGACGGCUGCUCUACGUAGGCCGGGCCCAGAAGCGGGUGGAGCGGCAGAAUGAGCUGAAGCGCAGGUUCGAGCAGAUGAAGCAGGACCGGCUGACCCGUUACCAGGGUGUGAACCUGUAUGUGAAGAACUUGGAUGACUCCAUCGAUGAUGAGAAACUGAGGAAAGAGUUCUCUCCCUAUGGAGUGAUCACCAGUGCCAAGGGAUUUGGUGCUGCGCUGCUCCUUCUGGAGUUUGGGAGCUGGGUCUGA